UGCCCGUCGAGCAAUCCAAGAGAAGUUGAUGACAUUGGGGAUAGGAGAAACUGAAACUGCCAAGGAAUUAUACCCCACUUGCCUCUAUCCUCUUUCCCUGUCGAACGUACGAUCCAUCUGUCGCUCUCUGGCAAAAAUUUUCUUCUAAUGGCACCGUUCCAUUUCCAAGCACUUAAAAAGAGCAAGUAGCAGGCAAUGACGGGCAUACAUCCACAUUCGCAUUCUAUUCUAUCCCUUCAAUAUUCUUAUCAAUAGGAUUACAUAGCUCUUUCGAUUUCAUGGAAGCUGCUGGUUUUGCAAUGAGGAAGCCGCGGGAGGAGAAGCUUCAGAGGCUUCGAUGCUCCGUCCAGAACUACAACUGGGGUCGAUUGGGUCAAGACUCUCAAGUCGCCACUCUCUCUGCUUUGAAUUCUGGGACUCGAUUCGAACCUGAUAAGCCGUACGCUGAGCUAUGGAUGGGCACCCACGAUUCAGGGCCGUCGUUCCUGAUUGCCAACGACAAAAACGGCAUUGUAGACGGUUCGGAAGAUGUGACUCUAAAGUCGUGGUUGUCAAGGAACCCAAAUGUGCUAGGGGAGAAGGUUUUGAAGAAGUGGGGUUGUGAUCUACCUUUCUUGUUUAAGGUACUCUCAGUGUCAAAGGCGCUAUCAAUACAGGCUCACCCGGACAAGGAGUUGGCCUGGACUUUGCACAAGUUGCAGCCUGAUGUUUAUAAAGAUGGAAAUCACAAACCUGAGAUGGCUCUGGCAAUGACCGACUUUCAGGCCCUGUGUGGGUUUAUCACUCUUAAGGAGCUGAAGGCUGUGCUUUGUAGUGUUCCUGAGGUUGUGGAGUUAGUUGGCACUGUAGGUGCAAGCUCGGUCUCAAAAGUUAGUGAUCAGGAUGGUGAAGGGAAAAUAAAAGCUGUUUUACGGGAAGUUUUCACCAAACUCAUGUCAGAGAGUAAAGAGAAAGUGACUGAAGCAGUAAACAGAUUGAAAAGUCGCCUGCAUAAGGAAAGUCAGGUGAGGCAGUUGACAGAUAAGGAGAAGCUGGUUCUGCAGUUGGAAAGGCAGUACCCAGCUGAUGUUGGGGUCAUAGCAGCCUUCUUUCUUAACCAUGUUAAACUUAAUCCUGGUGAAGCAUUAUAUCUUGGGGCAAAUGAACCACAUGCAUAUUUAUGUGGUGAGUGCAUUGAAUGCAUGGCAACUUCAGACAAUGUUGUGCGAGCUGGCCUUACGCCAAAAUACAUUGACGUUAAGACUCUGUGUUCCAUGCUCACUUACAAACAGGGUUCUCCUGAGAUUUUGCAAGGAGUUCCUCUAAAUCCAUAUGUGACGAGGUACAUACCACCGUUUGAUGAGUUUGAGGUUGAUUGCUGUAUUCUUCCUCAAGGGGAAACAGUGACCUUUCCCGCAGUCCCAGGUCCUUCCAUCUUUUUGGUUGUGGCAGGGGAAGGACUGAUGGGUGCCGGAUCACUUGAAGGACUUGUGGUCACUGAAGGGAAUGUUCUCUUUGCAGCCGCCAACACCAAGAUUCGUAUUACCAGUGCAUCCAAAUUGCAUCUGUAUAGGACUGGUGUUAACAGCAGAUUUUUACAAGCUUCCUAGGUUCCAACGCACGGCCAUUUAGUUUUUGCUUGGGGAACUGGUAAAGCUUGCCUCAUGCUUUAUGCAGCCUAUGUUGUAAUAGUGAACUUGGACUACAGUACAACUAUUAGUUGCAGUUUGGUGUAUAUUAAUUCACGGGUAAUGAGAUCAAAGCAUACUGAGUGACAAAUUCCAUAUAGAAAGAAAGAUAGGUGGUUUCUUUUGGGUUCGCUUAUAGAUGUUUCUGAUAUUGUUUUUAUUUCUUUUUUUUUUUUUGGGCUCCAAUUCGUUUCUUGUUUAUAAAAGUGUACCUGAGAUGACUUUUCUAUGUAAUAAAUAAAACCAAGAUGCAGCCUUUUGUAUCCUCAAA